AUAAUGGAAUUAAUCCCUAAAUUGCAGAGUUGAUGUAUUUUCAAUUUACUUUAUCCAUACUAAGUAUUAGUAUGCUACAAACUAAAACAAGAUAACAACACAAUUCAUUCAAUUCCAAAUCCUGAAAAGAGAUUGAAAAAAAUCUGAGAGAUUUAUGAAAUUGAUCUGAACCCAUCCAAUUCAGUACCCCUUUUAGGAAGCUGGUCUUACUUAACCAUAAUUUUUGACAAAGUUUCACACUUUCCUUAGAUACUAGGGUUUAGUGCCGUUGCGUAAAUACCAGGCUCUGAUGUUGCUGCUAUUUAGCAAAAGAAACGCUUAAUUAUACAGGUAAACGCGAACUCGCUCAACUUCAAAUUUCAAUGGGUCGUUCUCGCGGGAAUUUUCACUCUGCUGAUGAGGAUCCCACCCAGAGAUCAAGAAGAAAAAAGAAUGCCUCUGCUGGAGAAAAUUUAGAAUCUUCAACAUCAGGUCAAGGAACUAGUGAAGGGAAAAAGGCUUCAUACCACUGCAAUUAUUGCAACAAAGACAUCACAGGAAAUAUCCGUAUCAAGUGUGCUAUGUGUCCUGAUUUUGACCUGUGUAUAGAGUGCUUUUCUGUUGGAGCUGAGGUUACACCCCAUAAAAGCAACCAUUCUUACAGGGUCAUGGACAAUUUAUCUUAUCCCCUUUUCUGUCUUGACUGGAAUGCAGAUGAUGAAAUAUUGCUUCUAGAGGGAAUUGAAAUGUAUGGCCUCGGAAACUGGGCAGAAGUUGCUGAGCAUGUAGGGACAAAGAGUAAGGAAAAGUGCAUUGACCACUAUACUAAUGUUUAUAUGAAGUCCCCAUUCUUCCCUCUUCCGGAUAUGUCUCAUGUUGUUGGAAAAAAUAGAAAAGAGCUUCUUGCAAUGGCUAAAGGGCAUGCUGAGAAAGGAUCUUCUAUGCUUGGGGAGCUUCCAGUGAAAGAAGAAUCUCCUUUUUCACCUUCAAGAGUCAAAGUUGAAGGCAGUAGUUCCGGCCGAUUACUAUCUGCCUUAAAUGCAGAUGUAGAGUCUGGAGUACGUUCUAGCAGUAGCAGUACAGCAUCAGCAGCUGUUAAGAAGGCAUCAAACAUGGCCCAGGUUAAAGAUGGCAAUGUUAAAAUGGAAGAUCCUCAAAUUGACAGAAAUUUUGGGGGAAAGAAGCCAAAUUCUUUGGGAAACGAUGGUCCAUCUUUAGUUGAGUUGAGUGGUUAUAACCCCAAAAGGCAGGAGUUUGAUCCAGAGUAUGACAAUGAUGCUGAGCAGUUACUGGCUGAUAUGGAAUUUAAAGACACUGAUACUGAGGAAGAGCAUGAGCUUAAGCUGCGAGUGUUGCGUAUCUAUUCAAAGAGACUGGAUGAGAGGAAGCGUAGAAAGGAUUUCAUACUGGAAAGAAAUUUGUUAUAUCCUAAUCCUUUUGAAAAGGACCUAUCACCUGAGGAGAGGGCACUUUGCCGACGAUAUGAUGUCUUCAUGCGCUUUCAUUCGAAGGAAGAACACAAGGAAUUGCUUCAGACUAUUAUUGCUGAGCACCGGACCUUAAAAAGAAUUGAAGAACUUAAGGAAGCCCAAGCAGCCGGUUGUCGUACAUCAGCUGAGGCAGAUAGAUAUCUUGAACACAAAAGGAAAAGGGAAGCUGAAGAGAGUUGUCACAGAGCAAAAGAUGGUGCCCAGGGUGGUCCAAGUGGCCAGAGAGCCCCAAACUCGCUCAUGGCUUCAGAGUCUGUAGGCAAGGACUCAAAUUCAAGACCAACAGCACAAGCUUCUUCAAGCUAUGCUAAUGAUUUGGACAUAAUGGGUUUCGCUGAAACCCAGUUACUAUCUGAAACUGAGAAGCGGCUGUGCAGUGAGAUUCGGUUACCGCCACCUAUUUAUCUGAGGAUGCUACAGAUUAUGUCGGAAGAGAUCUUCAAUGGCAAUGUUACUAAGAAAGCUGAUGCUCAAGGCUUGUUCAAGAUCGAAGCAAGCAAGACCGAUAGAGUAUAUGAUAUGCUGGUGAAGAAGGGGAUUGCUCCGCCGUAACAUCACAUUACAUCCAUGUUUAGCGGCUACUGCUACUACUAAGUUUAUUACUGCCUUUGUAAUCGUUACCAUCAUUUUUAUUUUUUAGAGCCACAGAAAUGAAACAAAAUAGUAAUAGAGCUUAUAGUACUUUUAAAUAUG